AUCUACCUGCCACCUGCAACUUCACCACCGUCGCAUCCCUCUCACCACCCGCACCAUCACUUCGCACGCCUCCGACAUCAGCCUCGCAACGCCUCGAUUUCCUGCCGAUACGCUAUCACGACCAACUGACCUCCGACGCAACCAACCACCACCACCAACCCUGUCAUCAUGGCCAACAACGGCGGCGAAGGUCUCUACGACCCCUAUGUGAAGCGCGGAGCAGAGAGCGACGUCGGCAAUGCGCGCACACAAGGCCUGCAGCGCGAAAUCGACAGUGCAGUUCACACGAUGCAAAACAACAUUCACAAGAUCUCGGAACGUGGCGAGCGGUUGGACAAUCUGCAGGACAAGACCGACCAUCUCUCGACCCAGGCCAACAGCUUCCGCCGCGGAGCGAAUCGAGUACGCAAGCAAAUGUGGUGGAAGGACAUGAAGAUGCGAAUGUGCAUCAUUAUCGGCAUCAUCCUCUUGCUCGUCAUCAUUAUCGUGCCCAGUGCUAUUUACGGCAGCAAGCACUAAACGAGUGGUGCGCGCGCAAGAGGAACACACAAGGGCAAUGGCACACUGAAUGAGAACGGAUGAAUGAGAGAGAGAGAGUGACAGAGAGUAAGAGAGAGAGAGAGAGGUCACUCAAACGAAACAACGAACGCUGGAACCAGACGGGAAACAAAACAAACAACAAAAAAACAAAAAAAAGUGAGACGUGUAUGUGUGUGUUUGCAAUAGCAUGGGAAUGACAAUGGGAAUUGGGAAUUGCAGAAAGAGAGAUGGAGAGAGAGAGAGAGAGAGAGAAAGGUUGCCUCUGCCUAUGUAUUCCCAUACAUACACACAUCCACACACACAAACACUCGAUGAGAUAAAACUUUUGUGUGUAUGCUAGGUAUGCUGUAUGCUGUGUAUUUUUGUUGUUGUUUUUGCUGUUGUUGUUGUUGUUGUUAUUUUUCCCCUUUGAGGGAGAAGAUUCAUGACAACACAUGGCAACCUGAAUCAAAUCACCCGCGGUGUAAUUAGGCGUAUAGAUGGAUGGAUUGGAGCGAUCAGUAACCGUACCGUACGAUACCUACCUAUUUC